AUGACAAAACAGGGCGGUGCAAAAGCCGAUCUCGGCUUUGCCCUUUCGCAGAUCAGGUUUGACGCCCUUGCCGGCGCCAAAAGCUCGUCCCGUCUUGUAGAUGUUCGUGGCACCUCUUACAGCCACGUCCAGCAGCUUGAGCGGUCCUUUUCCGAGCAUUCCUUGACGACCCUUUCACCCUGUGUUUUACAAAUCCUCGGGCUCUCAUUGGCUCAGCGUACCUGGACUAACGGAGCCCUGCACGCAGCAAUGCGGCUUUUGUCGUGCCGGGGCCGACUUUUCUAA